AUGCUCCUAUCUCCCCCAAGAAACUACCUCUCACACGCACCGGUCGCCGCCUACCUUGCCACACUACGAACUCUGCCGCAGGAGCCGGGCGGCUCUCGCACCAGCCCAGUCAGGGCGAACUCGCCGCCGUCGCCGUCGCCGCCCCCGCCCUGGCCCCCGCCGGGGCCGGGCUGGACCCGCAAUCGAGGCCCCCCUCCCGCUGGCUUCCGCCUCGGGAGCGCCGAGAUGGAGUUUCUACCCCCACCCCCCGCGACGGCCCCCAGACCUCAGGCCCGCAUUAUCCGAACUCACCUGCAGCUGCCGCCGACCAACUCCAGCGCCCCUGCCUCUCUACCUCGGGCGCCAGUAGCCACCUAG